AAACUGUGAUGAAGUUAGCUCGUCGGAUAAAGUACAACAGUUUACAUCAGUUCAGUUCACCACUAUGGUGUAUAAGCGGUAUGUUGUCACUUCGAGUUCUCUCUCCUCUGUUCUGCCUGCCUACCCUCAGCAUUCGGCAUUACAUCAACUGAACUGCGUCUAGUUAUUACAAACCCGAACUCCAAAGCGUAGUGGCGGUUGUGCGGUCUUGAAUAACGUGUAUGUCAGAUGUUUGUAUUUGUAUUACAACUUGGCGUUCCUUGUAUUGGUUCGUUGUCUCCGUCGUUUGGUGAAUAUCUACCUUCUACGAUGUCUAGUUAGUUGUGUUUUCGGUGCGCGCCGUGAGUUUUUGGAUUAGAUACCUGUUGCUUUUACGAAAUUUAUUUAAAUGCGGAAUGGUGAGGUGAAUGUGUUUUGUUGUUUAAAAUCUAAAAAGCAGAAUGGUGAAUUGAAGAUGGGAAAUUCACAAAGUAAUAAAGGAGAAUCGCCUCCCUCAGUCGAAUUACCAAGAACUCAUAAUGUCCGUCUCAGCAUACGCACUAAAUUACCUAUGCCAGAUCAAAAUGAACUGGAAAGACGAUUUACUAAAGUUCUGGCCUCAAUGGAUUUACCUCCAGACAAGGCGAAAUUCCUCAAACAAUACGAUGACGAGAAGAAAUGGGAUAUUAUUUGUGAUCAAGAAAGAGUUCAAGCCAAAGAUCCGCCGUCGCAUUAUCUAUCAAAGCUUAGAACUUAUUUGGAUCCAAAGGCUUCACGUAGUUCUAGGAAGCGAAAAAUGGUCGGAGAUGCUACGUCGACACAAGUUUUGCGAGAUUUAGAAAUUUCCUUAAGAACAAAUCAUAUAGAAUGGGUUCGAGAAUUUUUAAACGACGAAAACCACGGUUUAGAUUCGCUGAUAGAGUACUUGAGUUUUAGACUUGUGAUGAUGCGACAUGAACAAGUAUCAGAAUCACGUAACUCAUCGGAAGAGAAUUUCGUUCCUACUACAAACGGUGCAUCAGGAACGUCUUCUUGUAUGGGUGCAAUUGUGGGAGUGGGAAACAGCACCUCGCACAAUACUAAUUCAUCAAGACCGUCGUUAGAUAUUCUAGGUAGUCCGAGUAUACGACGACAAUCGCGACAUGCUGCAAAAUUAAAUAUGGGUGAUACUAAAGAUGACAUUCACGUUUGCAUCAUGUGUUUGAGAGCUAUUAUGAAUAAUAAAUAUGGAUUUAAUAUGGUGAUUCAGCAUACCGAAGCGAUCAAUAGUAUUGCCUUGAGUUUGAUGCACAAAAGUCUAAGGACAAAAGCUUUAGUUUUAGAAUUAUUAGCUGCAAUUUGUUUGGUAAAAGGUGGCCAUGAGAUUAUACUUUCCGCAUUCGAUAACUUCAAAGAAGUUUGUAAAGAGAAGAAAAGAUUUCAAACUUUAAUGGAUUACUUCAUAAAUUACGAGAUAUUUCAUAUUGAAUUCAUGGUCGCCUGUAUGCAGUUCGUAAAUAUAGUAGUACAUUCGGUCGAAGAUAUGAAUUUCAGAGUGCAUUUGCAGUACGAAUUUAGUAAAUUAGGAUUAGACGAAUACCUGGAAAAGUUAAGACAUACAGAAAGCGAAGAAUUACAGGUUCAAAUUUCAGCGUAUUUAGAUAACGUAUUUGAUGUAGCCGCUUUAAUGGAAGAUAGCGAAACAAAAACUGCUGCACUCGAGAAAGUCGCCGAAUUGGAAGAUGAACUAGCCCAAGCUCACGACCGAUUAACGGAACUGGAACGCGAAUCGUUGGCCCAGUUAGCAACGCUAGAAGGGGCUCUCAGUACGACUCGAGCCGAAAGAGAGGAAUUAGCCGAAAGUAAGCGACAAAUUGAAGAAGAAGUCGCCAACUUGAGGCGAUUAGUGGAUGAUCAAAAGCAAGAGUCGCAAUCCAGGCAGUCUAUGUUGGAAGAAAAAAUUCAAGAAUUAAUUAAACGCACGUUACCAGAAGCUGAUUCAAACGUCGCUGCUAUUAGCGCGGUUUUGUCAGGCUCAAACUCCAAUUCGAAAAUUAAUUCUAGUAAUUCAGUUCCCGCACCUGCACCGCCUCCUCCUCCGCCGCCUCCGCCUCCGUUACCGCAAAGUUCCUCGUUAGCAAGCGCAGCUGCUCCUCCGCCACCUCCGCCGCCGCCAAAUUUAAGACCCGGUAUACCUGUUCCUCCUCCUCCAGCUGGCAUGAUGCAAGCUCCAGAUGGGGCGAUGACAAUCAAAAGAAAAGUCCAAACUAAAUAUAAGUUACCAACAUUGAAUUGGAUCGCGCUUAAACCUAAUCAGGUUCGCGGAACUAUAUUCAACGAAUUAGAUGACGAUAAGUUAUACUCUGUGAUAGAUUUUUCCGAAUUCGAAGAAAGGUUUAAAUUAGCAGCUCUCGGUAAAGCUAUGGUUAAUGGUGACAGUGACAUUGAUGGACUUUCUAGUUUCCCUAGUAAACGUUUCAAGAAACCUGAUAUGAUUUCAUUGUUGGAACAUACACGACUCAGAAACAUAGCGAUCUCAAGACGUAAAAUAGAGUUACCUAUAGAAAAAGUGAUCAUGGGAGUUAAUGCAUUAGACUUGAAACAAGUUUCUUUAGAAAACGUUGAAAUUUUACAGCGUAUGAUACCAACUGAUCAAGAGACGAAAGCGUAUCGUGAAUAUUUAGCGGAGAAGAAGGAUAUAAAUUUGUUAACAGAAGAAGAUAAAUUUUUAUUACAACUCAGUCGCGUCGAACGUCUACAAACCAAAUUAGCCAUCAUGAGUUACAUGGGAAAUUUCCUCGAUAACGUGCAUCUUAUCGCGCCGCAAGUACACGCUAUCAUAUCAGCUUCGAACUCGGUGAAAAAUUCCAAAAAAUUGCGCAAAGUAUUAGAAAUAGUUUUAGCAUUUGGUAAUUACAUGAAUAGCGCAAAACGCGGACCAGCGUAUGGUUUCAAAGUACAGUCUCUGGAUUCUCUAGUCGAAACUAAAUCCAACGAUAAACGGAUGUGUUUAUUGAAUUAUAUUGUUGAUACAAUUCGCCUUAAAUUCCCCGAAUUACUUAAUUUUGAUUCGGAGUUGAUGUACAUCGAAAAGGCUUCAACAGUUUCAUUGGAGAAUGUCUACACAGACGUUAGCGACUUGGAGAAGAAUAUGGAGAUAGUUCGAAAAGAAUGCGAUAUGAAGACAAAGGACAGAUCUAGUAGUCAAAAUUUAAGCAUACUCAAAGAUUUUCUAGUUAACAGCGAAGAUAAAUUGAAGCGGUUGCGAGCCGAUACCAAAGUAGCUCAAGAUGCAUUCAAAGAAUGCGUAGAAUAUUUCGGAGAAUCGCCUAGAAUGACUGACGCAAAUACCUUCUUCUCGUUGUUGGUCAGAUUCACUCGAUCUUUUAAAGUUGCUGAUCAAGAAAACGAACAACGAAGAAGGCUAGAAGCAGCCGCUCAACAAGCGGCUCUAAACCACGACGACGGAGAUAACGCGAAGCGAAAUAGGUUCAAUCCUAAAAAACAACAGGAUGCAGUUAUCAACGAAUUGAAAAGUAAAGUUCGAUUAGUCCAGGAAAAGAAACUAUUACAUCAAGAUGAAGUGUACAAUGGAGCUUUGGAAGAUAUUUUACUGGGAUUAAAAAGCGAACCGUAUAGACGAGCGGAUGCCGUCAGACGAAGUCAGAGACGGAGAAUAGAUAAUAAUAGGCUGUCACGUACCAUGGAAGAACUGGAAAUUUGAUUACUACGUAAUUUGCAUUCCUUAUGCGUUGGCUUUUAAACACGAUUUUAAAUCGACCAAUGUUGAAACAAUUGUAUGGCUUGAAAAGUGAUCGUAUUUUAUUUAAUAUUUAUAAUAUAAGUACUGUUUAAAACGGUAAGACUGAAUUUUUCGUUGAAAAUGAAAACUAUGGUAAUACUCUCGUGUUCUCAAUUGAAUUAAAUAUCAUAAUAAUGAUAAUAUCAUUUGGUAUUAUUUUUAGUUAUCUUUUGGAACAGAAAUUAAAACGCGAACAUUGCAUAAUCAAAAUAUUUUUGCGAAUUGGAACCUUAUGUUUUAUGUGAUACAUAAUUCAUUAUUUUUUUCAAAUUAGUUAUUGAAAAAUUUAAGUUGUUUGUUGUAAGGUAAUUUAUUAUAAAUUGCCGUAUUUUCCCCUCUUGUAUUAGUUUGAGUAAAUUUACCAAACAUUGUUUUCAUUGUAGGUACAUAGGUACUUUAUGUUUUCUUCAACUUUGUAUAAUUGAUAAAAAAUUAUUGAGCAAUAAGUUAUACGUGUUUGUAUUUCAUUCAUUUUGUGUCUUGACUGCAAAUUUCGCCACGAUUUGUACCUAUUUUAUAUUUCGUAAGUUAUAUUUACUUUUCGAAAUUUGAUCUCUUGGAAGUGUUUGAUCCUUUUUGAAUCCAUGUGUUUCAAUGUGUAGCAUCGUUUGAUUUGAAAUUUGACUGCCCUAUUUUACAUAUUUCUCAAUUCUUCUAAAUCCAAUAUGUAGUUCAUUCAAAAUUAACGGAAAUAGCAUACAAAAUUUCUACAUUGUUGAUAAGUAUCACACAUUCACUCUUCACAUCAUUUAUUAUCUUAUCUAGUAUACGUACUUGUUUCGGUAGACUUUUUUCUUCAUUUGUCUUAUUUCUUUGUUCACAAAAAUCAUUUCGAGUGCAAAAUUUUUUCAAAUUGCUUUAUUCACAUUUUAUCAAUUUUUACGAGUAAUUUUUAGAUGCAAAAUUUUCUUAUUGAGCUAGAAUUUUUUUGUGAUAUUCAAAUUUGAUCUGAUUAAGAACGCUGCAUGACACCCAAUGAGCUUAGUAUGUGAUAUUUUAAUGUAACUUUAUUUAUCGAGUAGUAUUCAGUAUUGUACAAAGUUGUACCAUAUGAGCUUGAUGCAUUAUUUUCAUUUAUAUGAUUUACCAUUUCUUUUAAAUUUUGUAUUUCAUCAUUUUUAUUUGUUAUUCUUUAUAAUACGUUUUAUAUUUUAAUUUUCAUCGGUUUUAGUAUAUUUGUAUUCAUGUUUAAUAAAUGUUGAAUAUGAAAGUUGAGAACAUAAA